UCGAUAUUUGUUCACGUUUCGUUUGUCUCGGUUUGAGUUUUGUAGGAUUCCAAUCCUCUUUCCCCCUUUUUAUACCACCAAUUGUUGCUUCCUUCUUCUCAAUUCCCAUAACCCAAAACCCUAAUCAUCAUAAAAUCCCACGAACACGUCUCAUUAUUUUCCAUUAUUUUCUCUUCUUCAGACCCGAAAACUUGAAAAGAAACAAAAACCCAGAAUGGAUCUGCUUUAGUUUUUUCAGAACAGAUUUUCAAACACUCAAAGAUUCUUAACUUCAACAACAAAAAUGGCAGCUGACAAGCGUAGCUCUAAAGGCCAAGCAUGGUUUUGCGCUACUGGGUUACCAAGUGACAUUGUAAUUGAAGUUGAUGACAUGAGCUUUCAUCUCCAUAAGUUUCCUUUGAUGUCCAAAAGCCGAAAGCUUGAUCAAUUAAUAGCAGAGCAAGGUCGGAAAUCAUCUACUGCAACCGUUACCAAACAAAAGCAACGUGAAACCGAGACGGAAAUCGAAGAAGAACAAGAAGAUGGUGAAGCAGAUGAAGAUCAAUACCAAAUAUCUCUACCUGAUUUUCCGGGUGGUUCGGAAACUUUUGAAGCCGCCGCCAAAUUCUGUUACGGCGUUAAGAUCGAUCUCUCCUCAUCCACUGUCAUUCCUCUCAUUUGCGCCGCCGAGUUUCUCGAAAUGACUGAUGAGUUCUCCGAAGAUAACCUUAUUUCUAAAACCGAACGAUUCCUUUCUCAAUCCGUUUUUAAAAGCCUUAAAGAUUUAAUCAAAGCGUUAAAAUCAUGCGAAUUAGUGAUGUCUUUAGCAGAAUCUUUAGGCAUUGUUCAAAGAUUGAUUGAUUCGAUCGCUUCGAGAGCUUCUUCUACAGAUCCGACUCUGUUUGGCUGGCCAGUUAAUGACGGAAUCGUUGAAGUUAAGGGUGCUUCGAGUCAAGCUUUGUGGAACGGAGUCGAAACUGGUUUGGGAAGAAAAAGUCAAGCUCGGACGAACAAUGUAGAGUCUUGGUUCGAAGAUCUGGCAUUGCUGAGUUUGCCGUUGUUUAAACGCUUGAUUUUAACUUUGAAAACGCGAGAUCUGAGUCCAGAAAUCAUCGAAAGCUGCCUUAUGUGUUACGCUAAGAAGCACGUUCCUGGAACGUCGCGGUCAAAUCGGAAACCGUCUUCGUCGUCGGCCUCUGUUGUUUCAGAGAGUGAACAGAGAGAGCUUUUGGAAACUAUUAUCUCAAACCUUCCGUUAGAAAAGAGCCCCUCCAGAACAUCAACCGCAACGCGGUUUUUAUUCGGAUUGUUACGAACUGCUAACAUUUUAAACGCAUCGGAAUCUUGUAAAGCCGUGUUGGAGAAGAAGAUCGGAUUUCAGCUCGAGCAAGCUACGCUAGACGAUCUGUUAAUUCCGAGCUAUUCGUAUCUCAACGAAACGCUCUAUAACGUUGAUUGCAUUGAGAGGAUUUUAGGCUAUUUUUUGGAGGGAUUAGAAGAGAGAAACGCUGCAGGAAUCGAAACCGAUACCGGAGGUUACAACAACAACAACAUUAUUAAUAACAAUAGCGUUGCACCGCCGGCAUUGAUGCUUGUCGGAAAAUUAAUCGACGGUUACCUUUCAGAGAUCGCAUCUGACGCGAAUUUAAAGCCGGAGAAGUUUUAUAAUCUCGCGAUUUCCCUUCCUGAUCAAGCUAGAAACUUCGACGACCGACUUUACAGAGCUAUUGAUGUGUACCUCAAGGCGCAUCCUUGGUUACCGGAAUCGGAGCGGGAACAGAUAUGCGGAGUGUUGGAUUGUCAGAAGAUGACUGUCGAAGCGUGCACGCACGCGGCACAAAACGAGCGGUUACCUUUACGCGCGGUCGUGCAAGUGUUGUUUUUCGAGCAGUUGCAGCUGCGUCACGCGAUCGCAGGGACGUUGUUGGCGGCGGAAGCGGCGCCGAUGAAUGCGGGAAGAUUGUCGGAGGCGACGAGAGAGGAAGAGGACGGGGAAGAAGAGGAGGAAAAGGUGGUGGGGACCGUUUCGGUGUCACGUGGAGAGGAAGGGAGCAGCACGUGGAGAGCAGCCGUGAGGGAGAAUCAGGUGCUGCGGCUGGACAUGGAUAGCAUCAGGACGCGGGUGCAUCAGCUGGAGAGGGACUGUUCGACGAUGAAGAAAGUGAUCCGGAAGAUUGAGAAGGAAAGUCCAGGUGGCGGUGGUUGGAGAGGAUCGUUGAAUAGAAGGUUUGGAUGUAAAUUUAAGACUCAAGUUUGUGAUUCUCACGAAUCAACGGUUACGGAGACGCGAAGAGGAAGGCAUCAGUCACACCAUCCUCCUCAACAAUAGAGCUUCCCGCACAGGAAUAUAAUCGUCAAAUUAUUGUUUAAUGGAUUAAUGUGCCACGUUAAAAAAAAAGCCCAACAAAGAAAUAAAAUAAAAUCUGUUUCUUUUUAUUUAUUUAUUUACAAUAAUUUUAUUGAUUGGACUCAUCUUUUGAUGCAUGGGGGUGUAGAUGAAAAUUGCUGGUCAUGGCCCAUGGAGUUAGUGGAGAAAGCAGACGAGGAAAUGGAAUGCCUGACUCGUUAGCAAAAGCUUCAACCUUUGUGUUUUUUUGAAGUGGGGGCAUUUGCUGUGGUUAGGUUUUGGAGUUUUAGA